AUGGAUGUGCACACUUUUGGGAAGAAGCACAGUGUGGCGCGACAAGAUUCCAUCGGCUGUCAUUUGGAGGUGUACGGCGACAAUGUCGGCAAAGACCGCAACGAGACCUAUUGUCAAACGCAUUCUAAGAAGGAUCUUUGCAUUUUGGGGGGUUGGCCCGUCAAUCAACAUGACCAUGCUGCACGUGGAUGGCGCUAUGACCGUCUUGCCAACAACAAAACACGCACCGCAACGAAAAGUGCUGAUCCGAUCGACAACAUCGAGCGUCUUACAAAAAACUUUGCGGUCUAUGGACCGACCCCCUUGACUCAUAGUUCACUCAAUGUCACGAAUUUGUUUCUGGACGAACACUUUCACGAGCGGUAUUCAUUUCUGUUUUCGAUGUGUCGAAUUUUAUUAUCGACAACUAUAGAGAUCAGCAACCAGUGCACCGCUUCCGCCAAGUAUGGCAGGAGGUUCUUGGUCUUGUCUCUAAUUUUCCGAUUCCUCACGCUGCAACUCUUGGCAGCAUGCUAUUCCUACACGUCAGAAGAAUUAGUUGCCAAGAUUUUGUUCAUUUUGGGGGAGGUGGACAAUACGACGAGUGCUACUACACUCUCCAAAAUACCCUGCCCCUUGUGCUGUUCGGCAAUCUAUCGUCUCGCCGUGGCAGUCGUCGCGCUACUCGUGCUCCUAUCUCUGUAUCAGCAGUUUUUCCAAUCAACCCAAAUCAGCCUAUGUGGAAUUUCCAAUCUUUCUAGCACUACGGCUACCCGCCAGCGCUCCAACUUUGACAGUGAGAAGCACGACCAUUGGGAGGCCAUUGACGGGGAUGUCCUUCGAAAUUCCGACUGUGGUCGUCAAGUACCAAACUACAAGCCUCCUUCAAGCGCAUCUACCCUUCACCAAAGUGAUAACAGUUCCAGCAAGUUAUGCAAUUUAGAAGGUCCGGGACCUCUACCGGUUAUUUUGAUGACAUAUGGUCGGUCAGGAUCCGCAGUUACAUGGCAAGCCAUGAGCGCGCUGGCUGGUGGAGACGUGAUAAACGCUCAGGAAUAUACCGGUAUGGGACCGCAGGACCGUAUCAACUUCUUUGCCAAGCACAUUGACGAAACGUGGGCUGAAGAAUUGUUCUGCAACGAACGUCGAAAGCAUCCCGGGGCGGGCAUCAUUGGUACCAAGUGGAAGCCGGGUACUUUGGAAUUACUCACACAACCCCCCGGUGCCCUCGGGGCGCUUGUUUGGAUGCGAGAGCACGCCGAUACUACCCGGCUUGUGCGAACUAUACGCAAUCCCCUGGAUAUACAGAUUUCGACCCACAAGCACAAGUUGGCCAAACAAAGUUCGACACAAAACCGACUUCGUGCACACUGUGACAUGGCAAACAAUGAGCGCAAAGAAGCCUGUGUACGAGAUCAUCUAAAAACAGGUACAGGGAUGGAAUUGAAAACAGAUGGGCUGGUGGAGGAAUUACAGAGUUUGCUAGAAAUGGAGCAGGGCAUUGAUCGUUUUUUGAAGGCCUUGCAGGUUCCAUUUGUUUCCGUCACCUACGAGGAUCUGUACUAUCCCCAAGAUGGCUUGGCCACUACUUGGAUGCAGAUUUUUGGCUUCUUGGGAAUUGGUCCUUCCACAAAUUUGACCAUGCAGCAAGUGGAGAACGCCAUUACCAUGAUGCCAACCCAUGGUGCGCACCAUAAUGAGACUCUAUCAAACUAUGAAGAAGUCAAACAAACCUUGGAGGACGCCGGUUUAGAAGCUAUGUUGGAGCCUGGUAGUGCAUAUUUGCAGAUACCAGUAGCCUCGCAAGCAGGGAAAAAGUGCCGUUCCGAUAUCUGA